AUGGUAUCACUAGUUCGGUCGUUACGAUGUGCAACUAUCAACGGAGGAUCCGCUGUAUGCAUGGUUGAGGGCGAGAUUAGAGAGGAACAGCUGCAUAUCCAGGCUAAGAUGAUGUCCACAUUGAAAAGGAUCAAGAGUCCUGUUCUGGUCCUGAUUCAGGACCAGAAACUAGCAUAG